GCACGUGGUUUCACAGCUGAUUUCCUGUGGCAAUGUUUAUGUCAGUUUCCCGAAGCGAUCAGUGAACAUGAAACCCUAACGGAGAGGGUAAAACCCGGGCUCCGAGCUGAGAUGGCCGAGUCCAACGCAAUCCCAGUGCAAGACGAGAAUAACUGUCCCAUUAAAGUGGACCACGACCGCAAAAAGCGACAGUUCGAGGUCCGGUUGAACGGAUCACACGAGCGGGCAGUGCUCUUAUACGAGUAUGUGGGAAAGAAAACAAUUGAUCUGCAGCACACAGAGGUUCCCGAUGCCUACAGAGGAAGAGGAAUAGCAAAACUAAUGGCAAAGGCUGCCUUGGACUUUGUUGUUGAGGAGGAUCUCCGAGCUCACCUCACCUGCUGGUACCUCCAGAAGUACAUCAAAGAGAACCCACUGCCACACUAUGUGGAGCGAAUACAGCAGCGAGCGCCAACAGAUUUCCAACUUCACUAGGAUCUCUGGAGGCUCUGACCACAGCGAUCAUUGUUACAUACUUGAUUUUCCUUUUCCUUUUUCUUGUUUUUUUUGAGGGAGGCAGCGGCAGGGAAGUUCUAUUAAUUAUCUGCGUGUGAUUUUAAAUGCACGCACGCAUUGCGGGUUGGGGAAGAGAGCAGAAAAUUUGUAAAUGUUUGAAGCUCAUGUAUUUCCUUUGCCGAAUGUUACCCCACCCCCACCUCCAGCACCUGAUGGACUCCUGACUUUGUAUACAUGGGAUUGCAUCCUCUCAGUGAGAUUGCUGAAGAAUGAAUCCCUUUCCAACUGACUCACGAAGUGUUUACAAGACAGGAUAUUACCUGGUUACAGAUUCAGCGCGAUGAAUUAGACAUAUCUUGUCCAGCAAAAAGCUAAAUGUUUCAUUUUGUAAUUCCUUUUAAUGUUUCUCUGUUCAGAAUCUAUGGCUUUGAGCACAUGUAUUUCCCAUAAGAUUCAUUUUCAUCCAUCUACCCACCUCAGUAUCAAGACUGAGUCCAUGUUAACAGGGUAGGCUGUCAGAGUAAGAGGAAACUGCCAAGAUUAUGGAACAGCAGGAGGAGAGACCGAAACAAAUCCACAAAUGAUGGAUAGGCGAUACUGGACUUGGAUUUUAAAUGCUUAUGGAGCUAGGAGGAGGGGAAGUUUGAGGAAGAGAAGAAUUGGUUGGAAGGCGUUGACUGGGAAGCAGAUUGAUAGAGGUAUUGAGCUUAGAAGGACUGCCUUUAUAAAAGUGCCUCAAAGGCAAAUUUCAGGCCUGCAGCAAGGUCAAGAAAGUGGCUAAGUCUGUGAAACAUAGCAAACUUCCAGGGAAAAAAAACUCUACAGGGAGCACUAAUACAGAGUGUAAGGACCAAUCAGCUGCCCUCCUCAUACAGUGAAGUCAAAGAGUUGGCUUGCCCCAUUCCCACUUCUUGUCAUUCCUUGGCUGAAUAGAUUGGGAUCCAUUCCUGGUGUUGGCCACUCAUCAGUGUUUAAGAAAGUCAACAACAAAGUGUGUGUGAGUUACAAAUCUGUCUGUGAAGCAUUUCAGCAGCCAGUUUGUGCAGACUAACCUGAGGAAAACAGCAGCCUCUCUUAAACCCCAGCCUAUUGUACCUACACCAAUAUAAAAUGCUGGUAGUUAGGACAUAGCCAAGGGCAGGAGGUCCUCAGUUAGUGUAGAAUGGGAACAGCGACAAGCUUCGCAUUUGUGUAGUGCCUUCUUCUAUUAAAGUUAAAAAUCACACAACACCAGGUUAUAGACCAACAGGUUUAUUUGAAAAUACAGGCUUUCAGAGGGCUGCUCCUUUUCUCAGCAACUAGCUACUGGAUGUAGAAACAGUGAUCCAAAAGCUUAUAUUUUCAAAUAAACCUGUUGAACUGUAAUCUGGUGCUGUGUUGACUUUUAACUUUGUCUACCCCAGUCCAACACCAGCUUACAGAGUAACAUCAGGUACCUGCCUAUUGAGGACUGAAGGUUAGUGGGAACCUUUAAUUAAUAUGGGACAUUUAAAGAACGGUUUUGCUUUCAUCAAGCGCCUUUUGCUACCUUUGGAUGCCCCAAACUGCGUCAGAGCCAAUGAAAUGCAUUUGGAAGUAUAGUCACCAUUAUUAACAGCUAAUUCAUUCACAACAAACUUGCACAAACAGCGAUGACAUUAAUAUGGUUUUUAUUUGAGAAGUUGAUUGAGUAAUAAACAAUAUAGCAUCAAAAAUGUGACAUUUUCUGUAGAUGCUUCUUCUAAAAAGUGCCAACCAUACCUCUGAGUCAGAGGGUCAUGGGUUCAUACCUGACACUCCAGCGGUCAUGCUACACCAUCAGGGUACUGCCCUGGAUGUGAAGUUAGACUGAGGCACCACACUACCCUCUCCAAUGGAUGCAAAAGGUUCCCCAGCACUUCUCCUGGUUUAAUAUUUAACUCUCAGCUGGGGACUUACUGAAAACAGAUCAUUUGCUCAUUAUCACCCUGCUGUUUGUGGGAGCUUGCUGUGCCGAAAUUGGCUGCUGCCUUUUAGCACGACACUUCAAAAUGUACUUAAUUGGCCGUAAAAUACUUUUGAGAUGUCCUGAGGUUGUGACAAGUGCUGUGGAGACACAAGUUUUUUUAAAAAAUCAGACAUUUGAAUGCCUGCAUCAUUCUGAGCCUGGACAAUAAUGAAGUCUUUCAGCAUCGCUGAGUUUUUUUUGUUUCAAUUGCCUGCUUGACUGUAACUUGUUACCCAGAGGAAGCUGGAUCGGUCCUGUGAACUGAAACAACUCCUCUCAUUAACCAAGCCCUGUCAGCUUAAUGGAGACAGCGGUUUAAUUGAGGCUGUUCCAAAUUACCGGGUUGUCUGAACACUCCUCCUGGAUGCAGCUCUAGGUAAUGAGAGUCUCUGACCAGCAACACCUACCUUGAAAUGAAAUUGAACAAAGCUCGUGGAUUAGCAUAACUUUCGUCCCGGUUUUCAUAUCUAUUCUGUUUAAAUUGUUUAAUUAAUUGGCAUCACAGGAGAGAACAGGUCAGCAACAAAUGAGUAGCCCUCAAUAUCCUGGAGGACCAGACCCUUGUGAAAACAAGAACAGCCAAUACAUUAACAGCAAACAUGGUAAACCACUCAUGAAGUGUCAAUGUCCUCUCAUUUAAUGAAGGCAACAGCCCAUAACCACUCCCCCCCCCCCCCCCCCCCCCCCCACAAGAUUCAAGAUUGAGUUAAACUCUUUAAACUUAUUAAUGAUAACAUUGUUGACACUUUGCAGUGUGGUCUAACUCAGUCUCUUCACAUCUAGAUUAGGCAGGUGCUCUAAAAUAAAGUCUACCAUCAAUUCAACUCAGCUCGAUUCUUUCAGCUUUACUGGAUUGUCUGAUCAUGACAGCGAGUUUGCUAAGGUGCUUAGAAAGUCCCAGAUUCCUGUCUUAGACUAAAGUUAGUCUUGGGUCAUUUUGUUGAGGAAUUAGGGAUAUUGCUGUUCACUGAAGUUGUGGUUGCUAUUGAGGAGGAGAUAGGAUGGGCUGUUUAACUGGCAUUCUUCCAGACCCUAUGGCUUUCUCUUCCAGUGGGUUGUGUUCAAGUUACUGGCCAUAUAUAUCUCCGUAGAUGUGGCCCUUGGGUUUCCUGACUGCAUUCCUUGGAAUUGAGCUCACUGGAGUUGGAACAAUGCCACUAGACGAAGCAGCACUUGCUCACAAUGCUCUCAAUUUGGCAGCAGAAGCCACAUUCACAUCCCAAACAGGCUCAAACUCUGACCUGUCGCUGGGUCGGGGAUCCACUGAUUCUGGUGAGGGAUCCAUAGCCCUUCUGAGAACCUGAAGCUCAAUCUUCAGCAAUUUGUCUUCAGAGUUUGAGUGUAGGAGAUAAGGGGCAAUCCAAUUGAAGUGAAUAUAAUCCAAGGUAAUGCGGGGGUGAGGGGAGAUGUUUUCCUCUAGUGAGGCACAAUCUUCAAAUUAGAGUGAGGUCAUUGGAAUGGGGUGGGGGUGGUGUUGGCAGGAAGCAUUCUUCACACGUAAAGGGUCAUGGGAAUCUAUUACUCGUUCCCUCCAGAAAACUAUUAAGGUUGGGGGAAAUUUUGCAAACUUUUUCAAAAUUGAGAUUCACAAUUUGUGUUGGGAUCAUGAUAACAGAAGUAGGUGGAGUUAGAUGCUGCUCAGCGAUGAUCUAAUUGAAAGGUGGAAACGGGCUGAUUGGAUGAGUCAUGUACUCUGUUCUGAAAGAUUCCCUACCCCCUCCCGAGUCUUUAAUACCAGCUGUCAACCUUCAUACUGUCUGUCUAACCUUGUACUCUAUGGUAAUGCUGUGUUAACACUCUCUGGAGAGAUGGGUCCUCUCUCCUGUUUGAUACUAUACUUUCAUUGUAAACUCUUUCAAGUGGUAUUUCUGAACUUUUAUGUAUCUUUUAUGCACAGAAUCCAAUUAUUUAGUCUUUAGUUUUACAGAGAAAGCAAUAAAUUUCUAGCAAACAGCAUCAGUUUGCAGUUGCCCUGAAGCUUAAUA